GCCAACAAGAGCUAAGAUGAUGUGCGGCAAGGGAUUCGGGAUGAUCCUGGUCCUGUUUUGGGCCACGGCCCUUUCCAGCGACCUUUCGCUGGUGAGCGGUCAAACGGUGGCGCCGCUAACGAGCUCCACGAGUGCCCCGCCAAAAAUGGAGGCGAAGCCCACGAAACCCAUGAUAGUGAAUGCCCCGCCGAAGAAGGUACAUCUGCCGGAGGCCAAAACGAAUGGCAGCAAGCCGCUGCAGGUCACCGGGUUCAUCACCAAGUCGGGCAACAUCUAUGAGAUCGAGGACAAGCGGGGCGCCAUUGGCUCCAUCGAGGGUCGCCAGGCGGAUCAGAUCGUGUGCAACUACGGCAAUGUGGUGAUCUACAGCGAUGUGCCCUGCGACCAGGUGAAGAACGUGCGGGUGGGCGACGUGAAGCCGCUCAAGGAGGAGGCCGUCGAGGUCACCACCGAAAAGAAUCAGUCGGAAAGCGAGCAACAGUCGCAGGAGCAGCAGGAGCAGCAGGUCGGGGACAAGGUUGAGGAGGCGAAUCAGGAGCAGGACCAGGACCAGGAUCUGGAUCAGUCGGAGGACCUCGAGCAGCAGCGACCCAACCAUCCCAGGGGUCAGCAGAACAAUCGCCGGCGUCGCCGUCGCCCGCAGCAACAGCAACAGCAGCAGCGGCUGCAGCAGCAGCGUCGCCGUCGCCAGCAGCAACAGAAGUUGCAGCAACGUCGCCGCAAUGGCAAUGGCAAUGGCAACAACAACGGCCUGCGACGUCGUCGCAACCGCAACGGCAACAACAACAGGAACCGCCAGCAGCAGAGACGUCGUCGCCCCAACAACAACAACAACAACCAGAACAGGAGACGUAUCAACAACAACAACAACAACCAGCGACAGCAGCAAAAUCGCCGACAGCAACAGCGACGUCGCCGACCCAACAGCAACUUCAAUCGACAGCAGCAGCAACAGCGACGACGCCUUCGCGACGGCAAUAACUGAAUGGGUUAAGGAAGGCCAGCUGGCAUGGGUUAAGGGUUAACCUACGACCUCUGAGCCCCUCCCGACCCACAGCCCCCCUACCGUACAACCGAAUAAAGCUACAACAAACGAAAGCAACAAACAAACGAAA